AUGUCUCGUAAAUUUAGUUUAGAAAUUGGAAAUUUACCAAUAAAAGCAAUAAAAUCAGAUUGGUUUAUAAAUUUAGAAGAAGCUAAAAAUCAAUGUUGUAGAAAAGUUUAUGAUUAUUUAAUUAUUGAACCAAUACCAUAUAUAUUAUAUAGAAAUAAUAGAAUAUUAAAGAAUAUUGGUGAAAAAGAAUAUGGAAUUGUUAGAAAAUGUAAAUCAUAUCAUUAUUUUAAAUGUCCAAUUAAAAAUACUGAAAAAGGUGAAUAUUUAAUUGAUUUAUCUAUAAAUGAUAAAAUUGAAAUUCAAGAUGUUUCAAAUGAUAAUUUUUUAGCUAUAGCUGAGAAUGAAAUUAAUUUAAUUUUAAUUCCCACUCAAAUUAAUUCACAUAAAAUAAAAAUUUAUACAUUUCAAAAAGGAAAAGAAUUAAGAAUUAGGAAAUAUAAUGGUACCUGUUCGUGUACAGUGAGAAUUUUAUUAGAAGAGGAUGUUUUUGAACAAUAA